AUGAAUACUAUAGAAGAAAAUUUAGAAACAUAUUUUCUUAUUUGGCUUGAUAAUUCAACUGCAAAUAGUCAAAAGAAACAACAUACUCAAGCGGAACUUCAAUCAUCAAUUCAUUAUUUAAAAAUAUUUUCCGAUGAAGAACAAUGUGAAAAUUAUAUUCGAUCAUUAACGAAUGAUGAUAGAAUCAUAUUUAUUAUUAAUGGUCAAUUAGGAAAAAGAUUUAUUCCUCGAAUUCAUCAAUUACCACAAAUAACUUCCAUCUAUGUUUUUUGUGUCGACAAAAGCAAACACCAAGCAUGGGCUAAUCAAUAUAAAAAGGUGAUAUUUAAUUUUACAUUUUUCUUUAUGAAGAUUUCUCUAUUGAGGAAAGAAAAAUAA